GAGCGGCCACCAGAGAGCAUGCCUACCCCAUUUACACCUUUGGAUUACAAAAUGUCUGAUGAGGUCUUCCAAGCUGCCAGGCAGGCGGCCGAGGGGACUGAUGAGUCUUUCUGGUCGUACUCUUUCUACCGGGGUCCUAAUCGGGAGGACGGUGUCAAGGGUAAAGUGCGCGUCCAUUAUUGCAAGAAUGCUCAUGUCGCCGAACGGGCGUUGCAGUAUCUCGUGGGCGAGAAGUUCGUUGGCUUGGAUCUAGAAUGGGUCGCUCUCGCGAGCAAGUCUUCAGGCGCCCGGAGGAACGUCUCGUUGGUACAACUUGCAAGCCAGAGCCGGGUUGUUCUCCUGCAUCUGGCUGUAUACCCUGCAAAGGAUGAGCUUGCCACGCCGACACUACGGAAGAUCAUCGAGGAUCCUAACGUCACCAAACUUGGUGUCUGGAUCAAGGGCGACUGCACGAGACUGAAGAAGUACCUCAGCAUCAACGCUCGCGGCAUAUUCGAGCUGAGCCACUUGUUCAAGCAAGUCAAAUAUUCAACCAGCCGACCCGCGCUGGUCAACAAGAAGUUGGUCUCCCUCGCUACCCAGUGCAAGGAGGUCUUUGGCCUGCCCAUGCGGAAGGACCAAAAUGUCAGGACGAGCGACUGGUCGCAGCCUCUAGACAUGGGACAGAUCGGGUAUUCGGCGUCUGAUGCGUAUGCGGCCAUUCACUUGUUCGCGAUGCUGAAUCACCAGCGCGAGAAACUAGACCCAGUGCCUGCUCUUCCAUUCCACUUAGAACUAGACAAACCGAUUCCUCUUCCGCCUGGUGUGGAAAUGUCAAGCUCGGAGGAGUCCGAUCUCGACGAAGGAAUCACGGAUGAGGCGCUUCUUGAAGCAGAAGACUCGGUCACCAGCAACACAAACACCAAGAAGGCCGCUACGAAGAGCAGAGCCACAACAGCAACGAAAGCUAUGCCAGCACCCGAGCUACCGAAAGACCCCAAAGUUGAGGCCGCAGAGAUUUGUGUUGCAGAGCACAAAGAGGCUCGAGGCGGAAAGAUCAGGGUUACCCCCGCCGCCUUGAAGGCCUAUUUUAUCUGGCAUGCCAACAAGGGCUUGAAUUGUGAAGACGUUGCGCGCAUGCUCAGGGAUCCUCCGUUGCAGACUUCAACUGUGGCUAGCUACAUCUUGUCAAGUGUCCAGUCCGAGAAGCUACCAUACGACAACGAGCGAAUGAAGACUGAAGUGGCUGGCCAUAUGCACGACAGUGUGAUCAGGAGCAGGUUCUUUGGCAUAUGGAAAGCGAUCCAUUACGGCGUUGCGUCCUCAAAGGAAUGAAGCAGAGAAGCACAAGGUGAUAAACAAGCACAAGACGUUCUGACGAGAUAAAAAGACUCGUACUACGCGAGCAUUUUGCAUAGACGGGGUGCUGAUGAUUUCACGAUACCAUUGAUAGGCAGUAUGUAUAUUACAACACUCCAUUUCCCUC